AUGCCAACGCCGCCCGAUACCACGACACAUGGCCACGAUGUGAGCCACAGCCCUGGCGACGACUCGACAUCUCCGGGUGUCAAGCGAGACGGCCCACUGGACGACGAGACCGAUAGGAGUAAGAAGCGUCGCAUCACUCGAGCAUGCGACUUGUGCAACAAACGUCGAGUCAAGUGCGACGGACAACAACCAUGUUCGAGAUGCGCAGGACACGACGUGUGCGAAUACCAAAGAGCAGUUUACAAGCGGGGAAAGCCCAGUCGUUCGGCCUUGCUGGAGCGACAGAAUGGUCACAAGCAGGAAGCCGCGCCCGCUCCUCCCGUACCUGCCCCUGCUCCGGUGCAGCAACAACCACUACCGCCACAGCAACAACACACGCAACCGCCGCCUCCACCUACCGUAUCCAUCACCGCCAACUCGGCCAUACCGGACCAGACACAACAAUCCUCAGCAUAUGCUCGACACAGCUCUUUCGGAACUGAUCAUGGCAUGCAAACAUUCAUGCAUCGUCCGAGCCUGGGAGAACGUCAUGCUUCUACCGUCACCUUGGACAGCAAUGCAAAUAUAUGGAAUGGCCGAUAUUCGAUUGACUUGGGAACCGCUGCUUUCAACGCAUCAAUGGCCGCUCCCGUCUUUGGUGCUGAAGAUGGCGGCUCAGAGACAAACUCAGGGGGUGCUGGACAUCCCAAAUAUCCUGUCCUUGUGCCGCUCCUGCCAUAUGUUGCCUCCAUCUUGACUGAAGCUCAGGCUGCGAGUCUUCUCGAGCUCUACUUCACCAGCCAAUUCAACACCUUCAUGCACCCUGUGUGUCGCCAUAUCCAUGCUUUUGUCUUCCGAAAGGCUUCGGUGAUGAGCAAGGAGAACCCUCGAAGUUGCAGUCCAGCGUUACUCGCCAGUAUGCUAUGGGCAGCUGCCGAAACUGGAGGUCCGGAAACUCUGUCUUGGUCACACUCGAAACGCAUCAACAUUUGUAGGAAACUGCGACUGGUCACGAUUCGCUUGCUGCACCCCCUGGUUCACUCGGAUAUCGGCUGCGUCCAUGAAUUGACUGACGGACCAACCAGGAAAUUACAAGAGUCGAGUUCAGGAACGCUCGACGAUGUCAUAACGUAUAUUCACAUUGCUGCCAUUACAUCUGCCAGCGAAGAAAAGGCAAUGAGCAUGAGAUGGUGGCAUGCAGCUUUUGCUCUUGCGCGAGAACUUGGUCUCAACAAGGAGCCCAUCUCUGGCUCGUCGAUCCCAGGGGUAUCACCAACAGCCAAUAAUCAGAGCAUGAUCGAGUUUGAGAGUGACCCCUGGUUGGGCUUGAAUUCAUUCGACUUUGAUAAUGGUCUCGCACAGUACAUGGAUGCUGCAGAUACCGCACAGCCUGAAGUUGAUCAAGAGACGUUGGAGGAGCGACGAAGAACUUGGUGGUUGCUCUAUAUUCAAGAUCGCCAUUUGGCACUCUGCUAUAAUCGCCAGAACGCCUUGCUGGAUGCUGAGUGUGAGGAUCUCCUAUUACCUCUGGACGAAGCAAGCUGGCAAUCAGGCACUUUCUCAUCACUCACGCAACGUCCACAGUUUCCUUCUUUCGAAUGCACAGGUCACAAUAUCUACGGCUGGUUCCUGCCGUUGAUGACAAUUGUUGGCACCAUACUCGACUACAACCACUUGAAGAACCAUCACACGCUUGGCAAACUCUACUCGGAUGGCCAACGUGUGCAGUCGCAGGUGCUGCUGCAACUCGACAACUACGAGCAAAGUCUGGUUCGAUUCGAGCAACAAGCAUCAGCGUUAGACUAUCAAGACAUUCAUCACACAAAAACAGUCGUCGCAUACGCAAAACUCGUCAUUCAAGUCUCGCGAGUCUUGCUGGCAGGCAAAUGGGACCCCAUGUCUCUGUUCGACGACCGAGAUCUCUUCAUGGCUACCCCUUCAUUUACCACGACCAUCGCAAAUGCCAUUGCGGCUGCGGAUAACGUCUCACACAUCCUGGAUGUCGAUCCGGAUCUUGGCUUUGUGCCCUACUUCCUCGGUAUUCAAUUAUUGCAAGGCAGUCUACCACUUCUCCUCAUCGUAGAUCGACUGCAAACAGAAACGGAUCCGAAGAUUAUCAAUGCUUGCGAGGUCAUCAUUCGAGCAACUGAGGCUUGUGUUUCGACUCUGGAUACCGAAUAUCAGCGCAACUAUCGUCAAAUUCUCCGCUCCGCAGUUACACAAGCACGAGGUCGCUAUGUACCGCAAAAAGAAACACAAUACCGACGACACACCGUCCUUGCUUUAUACCGCUGGACAAAGAACGGCACAGGCAUUGCGUUACGAUGA